GCCGCCUUUGCUGCCGCUCCUCCUGGAGGAAGUAGCGCCGCCAUUUUCUCUGGCGGACCUAAGUGAGUUGCGGCGCGCACGGGAGCAACGCGAUUAGUUUCACGCCAGCAGCGCCGGUUAUCCAGGCCAGACCUUGCAGGCUCCGCGCUCCGCGCUUCACCCCAUCCCACUGGAAAGCAUAGACUAAAAUGAGUGGUUGUCGUGUUUUUGUUGGACGUCUAAGUCCUCAUGCUCGGGAACGAGAUGUGGAGAAAUUUUUCAAGGGAUAUGGCCGUAUACGUGAAAUUAAUCUGAAAAAUGGCUUUGGUUUUGUGGAAUUUGAGGAUCAUAGAGAUGCAGAUGAUGCAGUUUAUGAACUGAAUGGUAAAGAACUUUGCAAUGAAAGGGUUACAAUUGAACAUGCAAGAGCCCGAAGAGGGGGUAGGGGCAGAUACCCACAGCGGUUCAAUUAUUACCAGUCCUACGGGGGCGGAUCUAGCCAGUAUGGUCCACCCCUUCGUACCGAACACAGACUUAUAGUUGAAAAUCUUUCUUCUCGUGUUAGCUGGCAGGAUUUGAAAGAUUUCAUGAGAAAGGCUGGAGAAGUGACCUUUGUAGAUGCUCAUAGAAACAAUCCAAAUGAAGGUGUUGUGGAGUUUGCAUCAUCCAGUGACAUGAAGAGUGCAUUAGACAAGUUGGAUGGCAGUGAGUUGAAUGGGCGCAGAAUUAAACUAAUUGAAGAUCGCAAAAGGCGUAGGAGCAGAUCCCGUUCACGGAGUUAUUCGAGGUCUCGUAGCAAGUCUAGAUCUGCAAGAUCUUCCAAGUCAAGCAGCAGGUCUCGUUCUCGAAGCCGUACACCUGAAAAGAGGAGCUCUCGAAGUCGCACACCUGAAAGGAAAGGCUCUGAGAAAAACCACCACCCUGGCACACAUAAUUCCUCUCCAUCUCCCCCUCCACCCAAGAAGAGGUCUCGUUCUAGGUCAAGCUCUGCUGAAAGCCGCAGUUAAGAUAUUUUGAGACAUGUAUAAAUAUUUCAUUUCUAAGUCAAAUUUUCUACAAGCUUGAACAAAUUGAAAGUAAGGAGGGAGGAAGAAAAUUCAUCAGGUGAGCAUAGAUCACUGAAGAGUGGAUGUAAACUUCCCUCAUUCCACCCUUAAUAGAGUUAGGUAAAUUGUAACCAACAAUAAAACAAUUUUCAAUUGGCAAAUUAUAAUUACCCAGAUGUACUGUUUACUGGAGCCUUGCUGACGAAACAGGCACUCUUGUUGGAGUUUUGUCUUUGCUGCUGAAUAUGGUGAACUUAAGGCAUGGACUCUGGUACUACUUUCCAGGGUCCUUUUACUGCACUUCUUGUUUGCACAUAGAUUAUCUGCUGUGUAGCAUUGAGAAAACCAACAUGGCUGAGUUCAGCUAGUUAUUUUACUACAGUUUUGAGAAGCUCCAUAUUGCAUUCCCCAUACACAGCCAUUCUUUAGUGUUUCACAGGAGAGUCUCUCAAUUGUGAAUUAAUAGUUUUGCUUAUUCUAAAUGAAUAGUACAUGAAAAUAUAACAAACAGGGAAGAGGUUUAAUUUGUUAUCUUGUUAAACAAAUUCUGUAUGCUGGUUGACAAUAAGCUCUUGCUGUAUAGCACGUAUCUUUGAGUUCCAUCUGGGUACAAAAUUUGUUGUAAUUUAGUACCUGUUAUGAAUGACUCAGUCAGAAGGAAGACUUCAAUUUAGAUUAGGACAAUAUUUAUUCUCUUUUCUAAGAAGGCCUCAUUUUACAGCGGACACCCUUUAAAAAUUAAAAACACCACUUUUACUGAACUUUCAAGUUUUUACUAUCGUAAUGAGUACAUUAUUCUGUGUGGCUACCAAAGUGACACACUAAAUAAGGGGUGUAGAUGGAAUUUGAUCUGUGGAUUCAAAUUCAGUAGGGAAGGGUUAUUUUCGAAUUUUGAGUAAAAGCUUAAUGUGAUGCAAAUUUAUUAAUACUGAAGUGGGCAUUUCCUUAAUUUAGUUUUUGUUAGUAGAUAGUACUUGGUUAAUCCUUAGUGUUGUGAUCACUAAGCUAUCUGCCUUCCACAUACCCUAAAAUGAAGAAAUCUGGUUGAAAUACUUGUAAUUGAAUCUAAAAUGUUUAAAUGUAUUGAUGUGAUACAGUAAAUAUAAUAAAUGUUUCUCCCUUGCUUA